GGAGAACACAAAAACUAAAAAAAAAAAACGAAACUCACAACAUCGUCGAGUUCGUUGCGGUCCAAAACGACGACGUCGCGCAAGUGUAUCGUUCUGCAUAAAAGGCAUAAAAAAGUUGGAGAGAUAGGAGGAAUCUUUGAGCGAUUCGGGUUCCUCUCUCGCCUACUCUUUUAACCGGAACUUCUCUGUGAUCUCACUCACCGGAAUUUUCGUCUCUACUCCUCUGUCUUCAUUCACCCUCGUUGAUCGCCUCCGCCUUUCUUUAGACGAGCUUACAACGAUAAUUUGAUUCUUAUUAAACUUAUUCAUCAUAAUCGUUGAUUCCAUAAUUGUGAUCAAUGGAUGAUUAUUUCACCGCGGAUGAAGAGGAUUGCUAUUACUCCUCCGAUCAGGAGUCUUUUGACGGAAUUGAUAACGAAGAGUCCGAUUUGCAGCCUCUCUCUUCCCAAAGAUCAGCCACUCAGGUCAUCACGCAGGACUCGCUUCUGGCAGCACAGAGAGAAGAUUUGCAGAGGGUGAUGGAACUGUUAUCGGUCAAGGAGCACCAUGCGCGGACUCUUCUCAUUCAUUACCAGUGGGAUGUGGAGAAGCUGUUCGCUGUGUUUGUUGAGAAAGGAAAGGAUAGCUUGUUUUCUGGAGCUGGUGUUACUGUGUUCGACUAUCAUCAAUGUGGCAGCUCUUCCUUUUCUAGCUCUUCAACGAUGAGCUGUGAUGUCUGCAUAGAGGAUGUUCCAGGUGAUCAGAUGACGAGAAUGGACUGUGGCCAUUGCUUUUGCAAUAACUGUUGGACGGAGCAUUUUACUGUGCAGAUAAACGAAGGGCAGAGCAAAAGGAUCAGAUGCAUGGCUCAUAAAUGCAAUGCUAUUUGUGAUGAGGAUGUUGUCAGGACGCUAGUGAGUAAAAAGCGUCCGGACCUAGCUGAGAAGUUUGACCGUUUCCUUGUCGAGUCAUACAUCGAAGACAACAAAAUGGUCAAGUGGUGUCCAAGCGCUCCCCAUUGUGGGAAUGCGAUACGAGCCGAGGAUGACAAGCUGUGCGAAGUGGAGUGUUCCUGUGGUAAUCAGUUCUGUUUCAGCUGUAUGUGCCAAGCCCACUCCCCAUGCUCCUGUUUGAUGUGGGAGAUGUGGAGAAAGAAGUGUCGAGAUGAGUCGGAGACGGUGAACUGGAUAACCGUUCACACGAAGCUCUGUCCCAAAUGUUACAAACCUGUGGAAAAGAAUGGCGGAUGCAAUCUCGUAAGGUGUAUCUGUGGACAGUGUUUUUGUUGGUUAUGUGGUGGAGCUACUGGAAUAAGCCACACUUACAGAAGUAUCGCUGGUCACAGUUGUGGUCGGUACAAAGAUGACAAAGAGAAGCAGAUGGAAAGAGCGAAAAGGGAUUUAGAUAGGUAUACACAUUAUCAUCACAGAUACAAAGCACAUAUGGAUUCAUCAAAGCUAGAGGAUAAACUUAGGGAUACCAUCCGUGUAAAAGUGUCCAAGUUGGAACGGAAGCAGUUGGAGGUUAAAGACUUCAGCUGGGUCACCAAUGGACUCAACCGGUUAUUCAGAUCAAGACAGGUUCUUUCAUACUCGUAUGCUUUCGCGUAUUACAUGUUUGGUGAGGAGCUGUUCAAAGAUGAGAUGAGCCCUAAGGAGAGAGAGAUUAAGAAGAAUCUGUUUGAGGAUCAGCAGCAGCAGCUUGAGGGUAACGUUGAGAAGCUUUCACAGUUCUUGGAGGAGCCCUUUGAUGAAUUCAGCGAGGACAAAGUCGUGGGUAUAAGGAUUCACAUCAUCAAUUUGUCUGCUGUGGUCGAUAGCCUCUGCAAGAAGAUGUACGAGUGCAUCGAGAACGACCUGCUCGGUUCUCUCCAAUGCGGCAUUCACAACAUUGCACCUUACAGAUCAAAGGGGAUCGAACAAGCAGCUGAGUUUUAUGCUUCCUGGAAUUCUAAACCUUUGGAUAGUAGUGGUGGUGGUACAAGCGGAGAGACAUCGAGGGCUGAGAAAGCUUCUGGAUCAAGGAGCUCGGAAGACACCAUUAGCUCUUCUUCACAGAAACGUCUCAAGAAAGAUGGAAGUUUUCUAAACAGCAAAGUCACUUUAUUGGACUUGAACUUGCCACCUGAUUUCAUCGACCAAAACUGACGGUCAAAACUCAACGCAAAUCCUUUUUGUUUUGUUUUGUCCAAAUGAUAUGACAUAGCAAAAAGGGUUUGGCGAAAUCUUUCUCAAGAUUCGUGACUGAAACAUUUAUGUUCUUUCUUUUAGUUUUUAGUUUUUUUUAUACAACUUUAGUUAAGGCCUAUUUUUCCUUGUUCUAGACUUCUAAUACAUAGAGAUCUCUGUAUAAGCCUAAGAACUCAGGUGCUUCUCAAUGCCUUUCAAAUGUAAACUUGCAAAUCAAGAGAGCUAAUUGUCGCUAAUUUAUAAUAGCUAAUGAAAAUUCAGCAAUUAUCCUUGUGUUCCAU